AUGGCAAUCAAAUUCUCGGCCCUCGCAGCCUCUCUAGCUCUGGUUGCUCCUGCUCUGGCGCAGAGUGUCAAUGGUGCAGAUUAUAAUCAUCCAACGGCUGGACCUCCCGCAAGCUUUUUUGCGGCCUCGUCCACUGUUCCCGUUGCAGCCCUCAAGAGCGCUGCUGCCAAGGCCAGUGUUGCGGCCAAGGACUCGACUUAUCCUGUGAACGGUGAUAGUGGGGCUGCGAAAAGUACAAUUCACGGUGACUGGAGUGGCUUCAGUGAGGGUGCUGCUUUUGUCUGGGUGGCUGAUAUGGACGUGGACUGUGACGGUCUCGACUACAAAUGCAAGGGAAAUCCCGAUGGCCAGCCCGGCACCAAUUUUGGUGCUCUGGCUGCCUACGAGGUACCUUUUAUUGUCAUUCCCGAUAAGUUUGCCACUACUUACCAGAGCGUUCUUCCUGGAAAUAACGUCGGUGCAGUCAUCUGUAACGGCAAGAUGUUCUACGGCAUCUUCGGCGAUACCGAUGGCGACACACCUCAAGUGAUCGGAGAAGCUUCGUGGCUGAUGGCACGUACCUGUUUCCCCAACGAUGACCUGAAUGGAAACAGUGGACACGGCGCUGUUGAUGUGACUUUCGUUGAAGAUAUCAUGUUCACUGGGAGGGAUGCCGUUCUGCCCAGCAGUGCACUUAACAACAACUAUAUCACCAACUUCAGCACCCUCCGGUCCAUUGGAGAUCGGCUUGUUACGGCUUUGGCUAAGAACCUCAACCUCAUCUCGGGUGGUGGGUCACCCACCACUUUAACCACCACAACUUCCGCCUCGGGAAGCAGUCCAACCGGAACGACCUGCGAGUGGGCCGGCCAUUGCGAAGGUGAGUCCCAGCUAAUCAAAGAACCCGAUGAGUGUCAAGUCACUCACCAAUCAGCUGCUAAUACACGGAAAAUUUACAGGGAGUUCCUGCUCUUCUAA